AUGGAGAAGGAGAUCGCUACGAAGACUGAGCAGCUCAAAAAACUCGAAGGCCAAGUUGACGCUGCCACAGGAAAGCUUCAAAAGUUCACCGAAGAUCAAGAAAUCAUGGAUGAGCAGUAUCGGGAAAUAUACCAUCGUAACAAAAGAUUGGAACUGAAGCUUCGGCAACGAGUAGAUGAACUGGAUGAUGUUGAAAAGAUGAAAAACACAUAUAUUUCUUUACAUAAGUUCAUGACUCACGAAGUCGUCUACGAUCAACAGCUGGAGAUUCAGAUAUGGUGGGACAAGGAGGAGUCUCUGCUGGAGCUGAUAUCGCAAAACAAAGAACUCGCUGAAGCGAUUCAUGAAAAGGAGGCGAGUGAGGCUAAAAGUGAGCAGACGCUGGUGCAAGAUCUGCGCGAUCGUCUGGGUGUCAUCAACAAAGGUUUCGUUGAGAUAGUGGAGGAACAUUGGUUGCAUCCGCAAAAGUCAGAAAUAAAAAUUGAUUACUCACCAAAGAAACUCCGAGCCCAAGACAUGGUCUCACCCUUUCGUGUAGGAAGAACAGUCGAUGCGAGAAGACUGUCUGUGAAUGAUUCAUACAAAAACGUUGAAAAUAACUUAAGGAAGACAGUGGCAAAACUGAAUGAGCUAUGGGAUCAGGUCCAUAUGUCCGAAUCAGCAAGAGUUGCUCGAGUUGGUGUGGCUUUCGGACAUAUCACAAAUCUACUCAGCAAUAUGGUUGCAUCCGAGGAGAAUAUGGUUGCCGCAGUAGGCACAGAUAUUGAGAAUGGUCUCAACAAAAUAGACAGGAUGCGUUCUCAAUUGAAAAUGGAACCUUGGGAAAAUACUGAGGCCCCUCCAGGAUCUAUUGAGCUUGCUGAACCUGUUUUUCCUUAUGUCUGCCAUUUUUUUAUGUCUGUCAUUUGCAAGCCCAAAUUAUAUGUUGGAAAACCUGUUGUUAAGCUCAAAUCCAUCGAAAAGGAGCUGAAGAAGUUGACGCCACUUUACGAGACUAGAAAGCGAGAGCAGGAUCAGUUAUUGGAACAGCUUACGCAGUUGUUAAACCGCCUUGGGAUCGAUGAUGAGAUUGUAACAGAUGAAAACGUAAGUAGUUCAUUGGAUCCGGAUGACGAAAACUUGCAAGUCAUCUUCAAGCUUGAUUUCACCAAGGAAGAUGUUUGCUUCUCCGAAACUAUGAUGGGCAGUAUCGAAACUUAUCAUGCCCAGUUAAAAGAGAUGUAUUGCGAGCAUGUGCAAGAGAAAGAGUUCCGCUGGACUGAGUUGCAUGCUCAGCUGACCGAACUGUGGGACCAUUGUCAUGUGGCAGAUAUCGAACGAACUAUUCCGGCUUCCUAUGAUCCAGAGAGCCACACUGAAAAAGACUUCGAGGAGAUGUCAAAUGAAAUAUGUCGACUUAAAUGCUUGUAUGAAGCCCGGAAGGAAGUCUGUGACGUUUUGACAAAAUGGAAGGACAAAUGGGCCGAAAAGAUAUCAGUUGAAGAGAAGAAAAAGAAUGUGAAUUACUUUCAGAAUUGCGGUAGAGGGAAUAACGUGUUCUUAGAUGCAAAGGUUUUGCUCUGUGCACUUAUGGCUGUCUGGGCCGUACUUGGCCCCACUGUAUAA